CCUUCCCCCCCACUAGCCAAUCUGAACCUUGAAGCAACCUGUCGCGCCCCCAAGAACCGGCCAAAGAACUCCUCCUCCUUCCUCCUCCUUCCUCCUUAAUCCUCACUCCAUCUCUUUUCAAACUGCCGAAAAGCACACGCAACCGAGUGGGAAAAAGAACAGCCAACCCCCACGAAGAAGGGCAGCAGUUUUUUCUCUCUCUUUCUCGCAUGCCGGAGAGGGCCCACCGGCGACAUGCCGCGGUCUCCCGCAGCCGGAAGAGCAAGCCGCCGCAGCCGUCGCCGCCCAGUCGGGCUCCCGCUGCUCGGCGAUCUCCGUUCAAGCACUUGAAGCCGGCGAAGAGGCUCGAGAGGUGCUCGUCCGCGCCCAUGUUGUGGAACUGCGAGGAAGAUCUGGUCGGGGGCGACCCUGGCGAUCUGAGACAGAGCGGGAGUUCGAAUGAUGGGGCUCUGUUCAGCCCCCUGAGCUGCACGGACGUGCUUGCCUCGUCUCCUUCUUUAAUGGGUAGUUAUUCUCCCGGCAGAUUGGAGGGAUACAAUAAGGAAGCCAAGGUGGUGGUCAAUGUAACAGUGGAAGGGAGUGCAGGGCCUAUCCGGAUGAUGGUCAAAUUGGGUUCCAGUGUGGACGACGCGAUCAAACUUGUUAUGAACAAGUAUAAGGAAGAAGGGCGAAUGCCAAAGAUGGAUCGCGGUCACUCGACCGGCUUCGAGCUGCACCGUUCCUACUUCAGCCUUCAGAGUCUGGAUAAAUCAGAGCUUCUCGGGGAUGUCGGUAGCCGAAGCUUUUAUCUGCGAAGGACCACUACUGGUCUUGAUACCAACGGAUUCUCGGCUUCUUUUGGAUCCGGUAAAGCAGUACCAGUGAGCACCAUCUCUCCACAGAGCCCGCCUCCCAUCUUCUUGUUCACAGCUUUCAUAGCUCGAAAGCUCGCGAAAAUCAUGAGGAGGGCUCAUAAGCUCUGGAGAAUCAUCAUCUGCUCGCAACAAGACUAACCCGACAUCCUGUCCGGUGUUGGAGUAGCAUAGUUUUUUUGUCAUGUUACUCUAACUGCUAUUGCCGUUCGAUAUAAUCUUCGUAUAAUUCGGCUGGUUUGAGCACCGAUCCAGCGUACUGGCCAUGUACAUAAGAAGUGUAUACAUUCUUUGCA